GUCACCAUUUGCAGUUACAACUGUGAUGAAAAAGUAACUUUGCGACUGAUGCCUGGAUGUAUGAUUGUCUCUCUUAGUCAUGUAGUCACCAUUAGUCGGUCAGUAUGCUUUGAGCUGUGCCUGACCCACUUGUUUUCUCUCCUUCCCUACGAGUGGAGAGAUUGCCUAAACCAGGGAUCCUCAACCCCCCAGUCUGUGGACCAGCACUGGUCCGCGGCAUGUCAGAAACCGGGCCCUGCAAACAAGUGAAGCUCCAUCUGCGGGAUGCAGGCAGCACGCAAAACCACACUCUGGUCUGCAGAAAAAACUCUCUCCACAGAACUGGUCCCUGGUGCCCAAAAGAUUGGGGGGCCGCUGGCCUAAACAACCUCUCUCAUCCUGAGCUGCUUUUCUCUAGAGCGCUAUAGCUCUAAAGAGUGCUAAAAAGCACUAACUGCAAAUUAACAAGCUCAGUUCUGCCUGACUCUGAGAUGACCCUAAUCAGUUCCACACUAAGGAUUUUCUUUCACCCCUUAAGCCAGCCUUCCCCAAUCUGUCCAGGUUAGCGACCUGGCGCGGGAGGAGGGGAGAAGAGGAGAUGGUUUUGUGAGAGGGGCAGGUGUGUCCACAUGCACAGUGGCAUUUGUGAGUGGCCCGCCACUCCCAUGAGUGGAGCUGUAAAUGCCAGCACUCAUGCAAGUGGGACUGUGAAUGCUUGUGCCCAUGUGAAUUGGGUUGUGCACGCAUGCCAGCCCACCACUCACACGGCCCAGUUGCAAAUAGGCCGUGGCCUGGUAGUUGGUCUCGGCCCACAAGUUGGGGACCCCUGGUCUAAGCAGUUCCUGGUCAGCUGGCAAACAAGAUCUAGUUCAUUCUUUUCAGUGCUUAUUCUCCAUUGUUUGCCUGAUUUACAGGUACUCCUCAACUUACAACUGCAGUGGAACCUGCCCAUCAUAGUUGUAAAUUGUGACAGUUGUAAAGCAGUUAAACAAACCGCGGCAGCUGCUGUGACACUCUGGUCAUUCAGUGGCCAAUUGUUCCUAAGAGCAGUUUUGCUGAAAAUUGGAAGUGAGGGCAGGUUUUCAGCAAAAGCCCUUGUAAAACAUCAUGAGACCAUGGGGUGCUGCAAACAACUGUAAAUGCGACUGUGUGGCUGAGUGACCAAAGUUCAGUCAUGUGACUGUCAGGGAAUGCCCAACUAUCAGAAUCCUGGUGACACUUUGGAUUCCAGACCGAUGGCGUCGGGUACAGCUAGCCGCUCCGAAGACGAAGAGUCUCUAGCAGGACAAAAGAGGAGCUCGUCGCAAGUAUCGGGUGCCAUUCCAAAACGACGGAGCUCAUCCAGGUUCAUCAAGCGGAAGAAAUUUGAUGAUGAGCUGGUAGAAAGCAGCCUUGCCAAAUCAUCCAGCCGGGCCAAAGGCCCCAGCGGGGUGGAGCCGGGACGCUGCUCUGGCAGUGAGCCAUCUUCUAGUGAAAAGAAGAAGGUGUCCAAGUCCAUCUCAACCCCUGUCACGCCAAGCCCUGCUCCAAAUCCCAGCCUCACCAAACGGAUGAAGAAGAGCAAACAACCCUUGCAGGUCACCAAGGAUUUGGGCCGCUGGAAACCCACCGAUGAUCUGUUGCUGAUCAAUGCUGUGCUUCAGACCAAUGAUCUGACCUCUGUGCACCUGGGAGUGAAGUUCAGCUGUCGCUUUAAUCUGCGAGAAAUCCAAGAGCGGUGGUAUGCGCUCCUCUAUGAUCCUGUGAUUUCCAAGCUGUCUUGCCAAGCAAUGAGGCAACUGCAUCCUGAAGCCAUUGCAUCUAUGCAGAGCAAAGUGCUUUUCAGCAAAGCAGAGGAACAGCUGCUAAGCAAAGUGGGAUCGACCAGUCAGCCUAAUUUGGAUACAUUCCAAGAUCUGCUGCACAAACACCCAGAGAUUUUCUACCCUUCCCGCACUGCUAAAGUCUUGCAGACACAUUGGCAGCUCAUGAAGCAGUACUACCUCCUGGACGAUCAAACAGUGCAGCCACUGCCCAAAGGAGACCAGGUGCUCAACUUCUCAGAUGCUGAAGACAUGAUAGAUGACAGCAAGCUGAAAGAUGUACGGGAUGAAGUGUUGGAACAUGAACUGACUGUGGCAGACCGCAGGCAGAAGCGUGAGAUUCGGCAGCUAGAGCAAGAGCUACACAAAUGGCAAGUGCUGGUGGAUAGUAUAACAGGGAUGAGCUCCCCUGAUUUUGAUAACCAAACCUUGGCGGUGCUGCGUGGACGAAUGGUGCGCUACCUCAUGCGCUCCCGGGAGAUCACGCUUGGCAGAGCCACCAAAGACAAUCAAAUUGAUGUAGAUCUGGCACUGGAAGGCCCUGCUUGGAAAAUCUCCCGCAAACAAGGUGUCAUCAAGCUGAAGAACAACGGGGACUUUUUCUUGGCCAAUGAAGGCCGACGGCCCAUUUAUGUUGAUGGGCGUCCAGUGCUUUGUGGCAGCAAGUGGAAACUCAGCAAUAACUCUGUGGUUGAGAUUGCCAGCUUGCGCUUUGUUUUCCUCAUCAACCAAGAUCUGAUUGCUCUUAUCAAGGCAGAAGCUGCCAAAAUUGCCCAGCCCUGAGGCUUGGAUCAAACCAAAGGACCCCCCACCACCACCACCUCUCCUUCCUCCAGCAGGGACUGCUAUUUUCUUUGCUGCUUGAUGCAGCUUCCUCUGGUUUGCCUCCUUUGAGGUUAAGACACAAAGCAAUCCUGGGUCUCUCUUUUUUUUUUUAGCAUAGAGGAACUCUGUUUCAUGUGUGUGCACACACACAGCCACCGGAGAGCGAAAGGGUGGGUGGGGGUAGAGAGGCUCGGGCUUAAACACAGCCUUUUGACUAACAGAAGCCCUUUGCGGAGUAUCCUGGGUUGUGUGAGAAAUGGCUUACUGCUUCCACCAACUCUUGUGCUUCACUCUCUUUGGGAUAGAGUGACAACAUUUUUCAGAACUGGAUUUGGAGAGAGCCAAUGUCAAGCUAAUAUAAGAGUGAUUGGUCCUCUCGUUCUGCACUGUGUUAGUGCCAGUUUUAGAUGUCAGUUUUUCCAAUAUCGUCCACUAGAAUCUCAGUUCCUUGGGUAUAAAAAAAGGAACUGUUUAUUCCAUAUAAGGUUGGUUGUAAAAAUAGAGGUCCAUCUGUUCCUAUCUGCUUAUGUGGUACAAUAUUACUACUUAACGGGUGUUGACAGACUAAUGAGCUAUUUUAGCUUUUGGCACUUGCCUCCUAAGUGCAAGCACAUCCUUGCCUGUAAGUAACUGUAUGUAGAAUAAGCUUACCAGAGUGUUGUCAGUCAAUAGUUUGAUUGUUUGGGAUUUUAAAAGCAACGGCAAAAAUGGAAGUAAACCGAAUUAUUUAAAAUGCAGCCUUUGCAUUGCUAGCUUUUUAAAAAAAUCUAACUUUUGUGUGUCCAUUAAAAUUUCUGAUGCAACAGUG